UUUAUUACCUGAGGUAGCUCUCUCAGCAGCUGGAAGGAGCUGUUUUAAAGAACCUCGAGUCAGAGGAACUAAACCAGAUCUGGAACUCUGACCUUUCCCCUCACCGCCCUCCACUCACUGGCCAGCCAAGUCUUGUCAAGUGAUCAGGCUGUCAACUAGUUUCUCUAGGGUAAGGUUUCAGGUCAGCUGGAGUGUAUAAAGAUAGGUGCCAAGACAGAGGCAGCAGAGACAACAGUGAAUGGCAAGGGGGCAACGAGGUCCCUGCUGCCGCCUCCUGGGAUGGAGCGCUAAGGAGUCUUAAGGAGGCCCUGUGCUUCCCCUCCCCUGGCUGGACUCACAGUUGUCCAUCCACACUAUGACGCAGACUACCAGGCUGGGAUCUGCUGGCUGCCUCCUCCCUGCACUAAAGCUCAGGGCUACAAAGGGGCCUGUCUCCUUGGACCUCUACUGGGCCCUGGAGGGACCAGACAGAACCUUCUGGGACCAUGGUUGGACUAAAGCCUUCAGACGUACCUCCCACAACAGCUGUGAAGUUCCUGGGGGCAGGCACAGCGGCCUGUUUUGCUGAUCUCCUCACCUUUCCACUGGACACAGCCAAGGUUCGCCUGCAGAUCCAAGGGGAGAACCAGGCGACGCAGGCAGCCCGGAGAACCCAGUACCGUGGCGUGCUGGGCACCAUCCUGACCAUGGUGCGCACCGAGGGCCCCCGCAGCCCCUACAACGGGCUGGUCGCUGGCCUGCAGCGCCAGAUGAGCUUUGCCUCCAUCCGCAUCGGCCUCUACGACUCUGUCAAGCAGUUCUACACCCCCAAAGGAUCAGACCACUCCAGCAUCACUACCCGGAUUUUGGCAGGCUGCACCACAGGAGCCAUGGCGGUAUCAUGUGCCCAGCCCACGGACGUGGUGAAGGUCCGAUUUCAGGCCAGCAUACACCUUGGGGCUGGGAGCAGCAGGAAGUACAGCGGGACAAUGGAUGCCUACAGGACCAUCGCCAGGGAGGAAGGGGUCAGGGGCCUAUGGAAAGGAACUUUGCCCAACAUCACAAGGAACGCCAUCGUCAACUGUGCUGAGAUGGUGACCUAUGACAUCAUCAAGGAGAAGCUGCUAGACUAUCACCUGCUCACUGACAACUUGCCCUGCCACUUCAUCUCUGCCUUUGGAGCCGGCUUCUGUGCCACAGUGGUGGCCUCCCCAGUGGACGUGGUGAAGACCCGGUACAUGAACUCGCCCCCAGGCCAAUACCGCAGCCCCUUGGACUGUAUGCUGAAGAUGGUGGCCCAUGAGGGCCCCACAGCUUUCUAUAAGGGGUUUACACCAUCUUUUUUGCGUUUGGGAGCCUGGAAUGUGGCGAUGUUCGUGACCUACGAGCAGCUGAAACGGGCCUUGAUGAACGUCCAGAUGCUACGGGAAUCUCCAUUCUGAAUAAGGCAGGGCCGCUUGGUACUUAAACUGGAACAAAACCAGUUAAGACUUUACUAGAGCAGUGGGUCCAUACACACACAAACCCACACAUGUUUACAGAACUGUUUACUUGCUGCUAAGUCAAGAAAUAGAAGCGGAGGAAGGAUUCUGGUCUUCGGUGCUUUGUCUUAAGAACACAGCUGUUUUGCACUGACAAGAUGGCAAAUAAAUUAUAUUAAUUUGGGGGACCCAUUAAGUUGGAUGCCUAAUAUUUAGGCAAGAAAAAAUAAGCCAAAACAUCCAUGUGGAUAAAACAGAAGUUUGCAAACUAUGUCCUUUAAAAAAUAAAUCUGAUUAGAUGACGAACGGUAGACAAGAAGGACUGCAAGCAUGGGACGGGAGUGACACGUGGUACUUGGAAAUCAGCUAAGGAAUUUGGAGGGACACUGCCAAAGCAACGUAGCUGUGACUGCAGCCUUUGGUUAACCGUGGAUCAUCAGCCACAUGUGUAAUGUGUCUGCCCUUCAGAAGCCAUUGAGAUUCUAGAAAAUAUGAGGCAAAAGAGAGAGAGAGAGAGACAGACAGAGAGAGAGAGAGAGAGAGAGAGACAACCUGGAACCUGUGCCAAAGGAGCACUGCUGGGCCAGCAGGAGGCUGAGGUUUGUAACUGUUCCCUGAGGACACUGGAAAAUGAAAAGGGCAGACUGCAUCUUCUUUCCUGUAAAAUGGCAGUCAUAAACCCUUCCUUCCUAUCUCACCAGGGAUGUUAUGAGGAUCAAGUGACAAGGUGGACAUAAAAGCACUUUAUAAAAGCAAGAGCUCUUAUAUUUACAAGUGUAAAUAUAAGGAUGAGGCCUUGGGAGCUAUUUUCUCAGGACAGUAAGGAACUUCCAGGGAAGUUGUUGAAAGGCUGAAAGGUUGUCUAGAGGCUAGACCAAAGGAACGAGGGGCUGGGGGCCCAGGGGUGACAGAGGAUGACACGCAGUCACCGAAGCCCCACUCCCAUGCAGCCCUUGCUUCCCAGCUGGACUGUGAGGCACCUCAAAGGGUGCCAGGCUUGGGGGGAAAGAGGUAGAUGUCAGGCUUGACAGCCUGAAGUAGCAGGACUCAAGAGUUCUUUGGAAAAUUAUUAUAAUUCAAUAAAGGGUGUGGGAAUGAGAA